UCCCUCCUCCAGUUUAAUUCUAGGUUUAGGAAAGAAGGGCAAGGUUAUAUAUGAUAUACCUUAUCUGACCUGCAGGGCCACGUCAGCUGCGCUGUACGCUCGACAACGGCCACGACCAUAACUCGUCUCAACACCCACGUUUCGAACAAUGCUCCGGCCAUGACCACAGAAUCUCACACAUAACAUUCAAACCUCCCACCCUCAACAAUGCCUUCUCCACGCUUACUCAACCCUCUCAGAGCUCUCUCAAAGCUACCCAGAACAUCCACAACCUCCGCCCUCCGCACCCCCACACAUCCCCGACCCUCCCAGCAACCCGUCCUACCGCCCCGAUUCCGCCAUGAUUCCACCCGCUACUCCUCGACCUCCUCCGUCGACCCCACAGAAGUCUCGCACUUCAACGCCCUCGCCAGCAGCUGGUGGGACCCCCACGGCCCCUUCCGCCUCCUCCACCUCAUGAACCCGCUCCGCCACACCUUCAUAACCCGCUGCCUGGCCUCCGUCCCCUCGCCUACCUCAAACUCGCACCCAACAACCUACCGCUACCUCGACGUCGGCUGCGGCGGCGGCAUCUUCGCCGAAAGCGCGGCCCGCCUGCCACACACAAGCUCUGUCACGGCCAUCGACCCCUCGUCCGAGGUGCUCGCGAUCGCGGAGGCGCACAAGAACCGCGACCCGAUCCUCAUGUCUACGGGGAAGUUGACAUACCGGAACGAGGGGAUCGAAGCUCUGCCUCUACCGAAAACGGAAGCGGAGCAGUUCGACAUCGUAACGCUCUUUGAAGUCCUCGAGCACGUCAACUCCCCCUCCGAGUUCCUGGGGAAGCUAAUGCCGCACGUGAAGCCGGGGGGCUGGCUGGUGCUGUCGACGAUCGCGCGCACGUGGACGAGCUGGGCGGUGACGAAUGUGAUGGCGGAGGAUGUGCUGGGGAUCGUGCCGAAAGGGACGCAUGACUGGCGGAAGUAUGUGAAUGAGGGGGAGGUGCGGGAGUGGUUUGAGAAGCGGGAGGGGUGGGGGGAGAUGAGGACCAUAGGGUGCGUGUAUGUGCCGGGGUUGGGGUGGAGGGAGGUGCCUGGGGGGGAGGGGUGGGGGAAUUACUUUUUUGGGGUGAGGAGGGAGGGGUAG